CGCAGUCAAAAAUAGUGAUGCAGCGACAGGGUACCUACCUAGCUAGAUACGUGUUCAUGGUCAUAAGUGGCAGCUGCGCUCAACCAUCCACCAUCAAUUGAACAAGGCGCUUGCCAGUCCCAACGAUUGAGGUUGACUCCUCCAUCCUCAUUUCCUUUCACCAACCAUGAGCGGCGCGGCGCGAAAGAGAGGCGCUGGUAGGGCCACUAGAGGCGUUCCCUCCAGUGAAACCAGCUCUCGCCGUGGCGAUCGUUCGGGCCAAGGUGGUUUCGCAGGCGGUUUCGAUGGUCCGGCCAGUCGAGGCUCAGCAUCAAACAUCGGCUCAGGACACGGGACUUCACCUAACGCACCCCAAGGUGGAUCAGUCCCUCAAAAUCCACCGACUGCUAGUCGUCGAAGCAGCCAAUCUGGCAGUGGAGCGGCUCCAAAUCAACCGGCUGCUCCUCUCGGUGACCCAGCGCGAAACAAACAGCCUCGUUACACCGAUCAGCUUCGCAACGUUGACUUUCCCCCGUCCUUCUACAAUAUUGAUCAGGAGUACGCGCUGCCCACGGACUUCGCUAAACGUCCUGGUUUCAAUACUUCAGGCAAGGCGGUUCAAUUAGCCUUGAACGCGUACCAAGUGGCACAAUACCCGACUGCAAAGGUCUAUCAGUACGAUGUUACGAUCGGCAAUGGUCUGGAGAAACGUAUUGUUCAGCGGAAGAUCUGGGAUUCGCAAGCUCGGAAGAAUGCCACCGGUCCUCCCAUGUUGUACGAUGGUAAUCGUCUUGCUUGGUCUCUCCGUGAGCACAGUGAGAUCCGCCUGAUGAUCGACCUUGACGUCGAGGCGGGUCGUCCGGCCUCCAGAGAGGGACGAAACGCUUUCCGCUUGCAUAUCAAGAAGACUCGUGAGGUGGACAUCAGCCUCAUCCAGCAAUAUCUAGCCGGACGCAUCCAGUACGGACAAGAGGUUGCGGAAUGCGUCAAUUUCAUGGAUCACCUUCUCCGUGAAGGUCCCAAUUCCAAUCCUCAAUUUCUCACUGUUCGUCGAUCACUCUUCAAGCGUCAGGGCCAGCGUUCCGAUCUCGGUGGUAGCGUUGAAGUGUGGCGUGGGGUUUAUCAGUCAAUGCGUAUGGCCGAAGGGCAGAAGCUCAUCAUCAACCUAGACGUUGCCAAUACUUGCUUCUGGAAGCCAGGUUCCCUUCUGGCCACAAUCAUCACGAGAUGGGGCAUGCAGACUCCUGCGGUGGUAGCGGCUAAGUUGGGAACCCGUGGCAAUGGAUCGUCAGAGGAAAGUUAUGACCACGCCACGGUUCGAAAGGGACUCAAGGGCGUGAUGGUCGUCGCUCAGUACCCGGGCAACCCGUUCCCGAACAAGGAAUGGAAAAUUCACACUAUUUCCACGAGCAACGCCCAUCAGGAGCAACUUGAGUGGAAGGACCCAGUUACCAAGAGACCUACCGGUGAGAAUUUGUCUGUUGCUCAGUAUUUCCAACGCAAAUACAAUGUCGCGCUACAGUACCCCGAUCUACCCUUGGUAGAGAUGACGAAGAAGGGUGUCAAAUACCCCAUGGAACUCCUUGUGGUCCUUCCCGGCUCACGCUACCUGACCAAACUGGACGAGAUCCAAACUGCAAACAUGAUCAAGUUUGCAGUCAGCCCCCCUCACGUUCGUCUUCAGGCCAUCAAUGAAGGCAAGUCCUGGCUCAACUGGGAUGGAGAUUCUUAUUUGAAGAAUUACGGUCUACGCAUCAAUCCAAACCCGAUCAAAACCAAUGCCCGAGUUCUGCCGGCUCCAGGUGUGAAAUUUGGCAACAAAGUUCAACAGCCGGGCACGAAAGGUCGAUGGGACCUUCGUGGUUGCAAAUUCCUCCACCGUAACCCUCAGGAACUUACCUCUUGGGGCAUCGGUUUCUUUCCAGGACGUCUCAAACCAGACAAGCCAGCUCUCAACAAGUUUGCCCUUGACUUUACGCGGACUUAUCGUGAACAUGGUGGUCAGGUUGCGAACCACCCUCCGGUCCUGAUGGCACUGAAGGCAGACGUCGGUGAGGCCGUCAAUGAUCUGUACCAAGCCACCGGCAACCAUUUUCAGCGUCGCCCCCAAUUGCUGAUAUUCCUUCUCCAAGAUCGGCAGGCGUUUCACUACCUGCGUAUCAAGAAGUCGAUGGAUUGCCGCUUUGGAAUCGUCAGUCAAUGCAUGCAGCUCCAGCAGGUCUUGAAAGGAAACCCGCAGUACUACUCCAAUGUACUGAUGAAGGUCAAUGCUAAGCUCGGCGGUUCUACUGCUCAGGCAGUGUCACAUCCUUCCUCGGGGUUCAAAGGUUUCAAUAAGCCCACCAUGAUCAUCGGUGCUGAUGUGUCUCAUGCUUCCCCUGGAAGUGAGCAGGCCUCGAUGGCUGCCAUCACUGUCUCCUUUGACAGAUUCGCAGGCCGAUAUGCUGCUGCAUGCCAGACCAACGGCCGUCGUGUUGAGAUGAUUACCGAAAACAAUUGGAAGAGCAUGCUCAAACCUCUUGCGACUCAGUGGAUGAGCCAAGUCGGCGGUGGAGUCAUUCCAUCGCAAGUCUACUACAUUCGCGACGGUGUUUCUGAAGGUCAAUUCAUUCAGGUGAUGAGAUCAGAAGUCCCGCACAUCAGAUCGGUCUUGUCGGAGUGCAAUAACAACAAGCCUUGGAAUGGCAAACUCACUGUCGUUAUUGCCGGUAAGCGUCACCACGUUCGAGCCUUUCCCGGAAAGGACGCAGGUGAUCAGAAGGGCAAUCCGCUACCUGGUUGCUUGAUCGAGCGAGAUGUUACAAGUCCGUAUGAAUUCGACUUCUAUCUCUACUCUCACACCGCCUUGCAGGGUACUUCCCGCCCGACACAUUACAGCAUCAUCUACGACGAUGCCAAUCAUACGCCGAAUGCCCUUCAGAACAUGCUCUACGAACAUUGUUACCAGUACAUGCGCAGCACCACAUCUGUGAGCUUACAUCCAGCGGCCUACUACGCUCAUCUUGCGUCCAAUCGUGCCAAAGCUCACGAGGAUGUUCCAGCCCACCGAGGACCCCAGGGUGGUGCAGGCUUCAAGAUGAAAACCCCUAGUGGAUCGUCUCAACCAUCAGAGUCGGAAGUUGCUCCACUCAUGCCCCUGUUCUCGGGUGCCGGUUCUUCAAUCCUGUGGUCCAUGUGGUACAUCUAGCCAUCUGACAAUUUCGGAGGGAUUGCGGCACUGCGCGACACCUCUUGAUCGACUUGACGCCAUGGUCUAGAAAGCAGCUUGGAUGCCACGUUUGAGCAGUUGAAGUCUCUGCUCCCAGAACAAAAGGCGAGGUCAUACUCAACUGGCCAAUGGAUUCCCUCUUUUCAGCGUGUGUUUUUUUGUUACAGAAAAUGGAAACUCCCCAAAAAAAAGCACAAUCCAGAUGGAGUGGACUCUUCCAUGCUUCGGGUGGUUUAAGAGAUCUGCUCUCUAGGAUUGUCAACCUUCCUACAGCAUCGACUCUCUUCGUGAAGUCAGCUGGCUGGUUGGUCUCAGUUUAGUUUAGUUUAGCCAUC